CUGAACCGGAAAGGUCAAUCCGCCCGAAAGCCUCGAAUGGCAACUCCGCCGAACCCGACGACGACGGCGCUCCGACCCGGCUCGCACUGAUCGCUUCUAGAAGCUUCGGGAAGGCGCUAGCCCGCCAUGGCCGCGCCCUUCUACUCCACGCCCUUCCAGCCCUACGUCUACCAGAGCCAGGAAGGAUCUGUGACGGCGUUCCAGAUAUCCGGCGGCGAUGUGCAGGUCCUGCAGGUGAUGGUUAAGUCGCAGGAGAAGUUGACUGUGAAACCAGGUACAAUGUGCUACAUGUCCGGGAACAUUCAAACGGACAACAAUUACUUGCCUGAAAAUGAUGGAGGCAUUUGGCAGUGGAUUUUUGGGAAAAGCAUAAGCAGCAGUGUUUUCUUUAACCCUGGCUCCGAUGAUGGAUAUGUUGGGAUUUCUGCGCCAUUUCCUGGGAGGAUUCUACCUAUGGAUCUAGCAAACUUUGGUGGAGAACUUUUUUGCCAGGUAGAUGCUUUUCUCUGCUCAGUUAAUGAUGUGUCAGUAACAAGUACAGUUGAACAGAGGCCUCGAAACAUCGAAAUUAGUGCAGAGAUGUUCUUCAAACAGAAGCUUAGGGGUCAGGGGAUGGCUUUUCUUGUUGGUGGUGGAUCAGUCAUGCAGAAAAUUCUUGCCCCUCAUGAGGUGAUUACAGUUGACGCUGCUUGUAUUGUGGCUAUGACAACUACCAUCAACUUUCAGUUGAAAACCCCUAACCAGCCAAGAAGAGUAGUCUUUGGUGGGGGCAACCAGCUGACAGCAUCUCUUACAGGACCAGGUGUGGUAUUCAUACAGAGCCUACCCUUUCAUCGGCUUUCACAACGCAUUGCAAGUAGAUCAGUGGCCGCUCCGAGCUUGAGGGACAAUCCCAAGUUCUUCAUCCAGAUUGUCAUGUUCUUUUUCCUCGCCUAUCUCAUGAUUGUAUCAUCGAUAAUUCUGACAGAUGUUUAGACACUGCAUUCUCCAUCACUCACCACCUUGUAGAUGUGGCUCACUGUUUCCGGAUUAAGAUACUAAAAAAGAAGGCAGUGCACAACUGCUAGUAGGACCUUUAGUGCAAAGUUCAACGAAAAUUUUGUAAUACUUCCAGCGGCGAGCCCUUAUUGGACAGUGUGUUCAAGUUGCUUAGCAUGAUGAACAUACACUGACACCGGUUGGGUAAUUUAUUUGCUCUUAUUGGUACAAUGUGUACUCUUAUUGGCACAAUGAUGUGUACUACUACAUGUUAUGAUGGUGCUAGGCGCCACCGCGCAAACAGUGCUAUCAGUCACACUUUUACAGAUCAAGAACAUUGACACUGGAUUGCUGCUACUAUAUUGUAUAAAGUAAUACAAAUCAUACUGCAUUACUGCAUAUUCAGUGAGUGUUACCUUCAGGUUGGAUGCGUCUAUGUUGGGUGCAAUAGAUGUUUCAC